CCUCCUGUUCCCAGUUUCGCUCGAUUGUUGUGGUGUGUGGACGGUUUCGUGCAGCGCGGAGAGAAUUUUGCGGUAUAAUUCUUUGUCCAGGAUAAAGCUGAAGACGAGGACAAACAGUUCACCGUUUACAAUUUAGGCUGAAAACCUUGCAUUCAAUGCAAAAUAACUCGUGAAAUUUAUACGUGCAGCUCGUUCCGUGUAGUGUACGUUCAGUGAUUCCCGCAUAGUCGAUUGAGCAUGAAUAAUAAAGAAGUAACCGGUGAUAUUGUCGUGUGUCCACUGGAAGGAGAGGUCUGGUGAUCGAGCAUAGUGUCCAGGUCGUGGGAUUCUACGUGUGAUGAAUCUACGGUGACGGCUUGCCGCGGAGCGGUUGGAUGGCGGCUGUAAGCGGCCCCGCGCGGCACUCUCGCGUCUCCAUGAGUGUGUCCAUGUCGCUGAUGCAGGGCGGUACGCAGAGUGCGCCGCAGGGCGCCAUCCUGGCGGCGGCGGCGCCCUAUUACCAAACGCCGGCCAUCCCAACGGACGUACAGCCCGACCGCCCCAUUGGCUACGGAGCCUUCGGUGUCGUAUGGGCAGUGACGGACCCGCGCGAUGGCCGGCGCGUCGCUCUCAAGAAGUUGCCCAACGUUUUCCAGUCGCUCGUCUCAUCAAAGCGCGUCUUCCGCGAGCUCAAGAUGCUCUGUUUUUUCAAACAUGAAAAUGUACUAUCGGCAUUAGACAUCCUCCAACCGCCUAGCCUCGAUUUCUUCCAAGAAAUAUAUGUAAUCACAGAGCUACUGCAGAGUGACUUGCACAAGAUUAUCGUCUCACCACAACACCUAUCCGCCGACCACAUCAAAGUCUUCCUCUACCAAAUACUAAGAGGUCUGAAAUACCUUCACUCAGCUCGAAUUCUACACCGGGAUAUCAAGCCGGGGAAUCUGCUGGUAAAUAGCAAUUGUGUGCUAAAGAUUUGCGACUUCGGAUUGGCGCGCGUCGAGGAGCCUGAUGCUAGCAAGAACAUGACACAAGAAGUCGUCACGCAGUACUACAGAGCGCCGGAGAUCUUGAUGGGCGCGAAUCACUACACAGCGGCCGUGGACGUGUGGUCGGUGGGCUGCAUAUUCGGGGAACUGCUCGGCAGGCGUAUACUCUUCCAGGCACAAAGCCCUGUGCAACAGCUGGAGUUGAUCACGGAGUUGCUGGGCACGCCGUCACUAGAGGACAUGCGGCACGCAUGCGCGGGCGCACGGGCGCACAUGCUGCGGCGUGCGCCACGCCCGCCUGCACUCGCCGCGCUCUACACGUUGUCCGUGCAGGCCACGCACGAGGCCGUGCACCUACUGGCACAGAUGCUGGUGUUCGACCCGACGAAGCGCAUCUCGGUGGUGGACGCGCUGGCGCACCCGUACCUGGAGGAGGGUCGGCUGCGCUACCACUCGUGCAUGUGCAAGUGCUGCUACAGCGCACCGCCCGCCGCGCGCCACUACUCGCCCGACCUCGAGCCUGUCGCCGCGCACCCCUUCCACGACGCCUGGGAGAGGAAGCUCACCUCCGUGCACCAGGUCAAAGAGGAGAUCCACAAGUUCAUAGCUGAACAGCUGCAAACGUCGCGGGUGCCGCUUUGCAUCAACCCGCAGUCUGCGGCGUUCAAGAGCUUCGCAAGCUCCACCGUGGCGCACCCCUCCGAGCUGCCCGUCGCCGCACCAGUGGGAAUGACGCGAGACCAAGCGCGGCUUCGACAAGCGGCGCGCCGUCUACGCCGACACACGAUAACCUCAACACAUCUUUAUGUAUUGGCGCCGUAAUGCGCUUACGCGGAUUGUAAACGCAUUUACUUGUAAACAUUUAUGCGUGGGGAUAUUAGGAACAUUUCUAGUGCAAUACGUAUUUACUGUGUAUACGCAAUGUCUACUUCAUAAUAUUGAGAUUUAUUCCACGCGUACGGUACAGUAUACUGACGGGCGUGGCCCACGUACGUUGUUAUCCACGCACGCACGCAUUCACACCCAUGCACAUCAGUAUGAGUACGUUCGCAUCUACACUAAAUGUGUAUGUGUGUGUGUGUGUGGGUGUACACAUGGAUACUAUCAUAUUAGACACGAACACAAUACAAAAAUGACCACCCAAUAUUGUAUAAAAUGUUUAGUUCCUGACAUUUGAAUGACGUACCCAAUGCGUAUACGUAUCAAAUAAAUACGUAUGUUACUGAAAAUGUUCCAAUGCGUUUGAUUUGAACGUUAAUAGGUACUUACUUCUAAUAAUUGAAUUAAUCAAUGUGAAUUUUUGAUUUUUUUUCAUAUAAAUAAUUAAAUAGAAAUUUUAUAUUUUUUAUUUUUAAAUACAAAUGUUUACUAGUAUACGCGUAACGUCUCAUAUUUGAAUUGACAAAUAACAGCUAAUAAAACUGUCUUUAUUGUUACGAAUUACAUUUAGCGUGGGUUUAGUUUAUAUUUUUAUAAUGUAUGACAAUCUAUGAAAAAAUGUAAUAAGUUGGCGGUACUUGUUUACUGCUGUCGUAAUGUGAAAUAAUUAGGUUGUCAGUAACAAUCUUGGCGAUAAGUGAUUAAGUGGAAUGUUUUGUUUGUAGUCAUUAGAAUUAAACUGAAGUCUUAGUAAAUUGUAUUUCUCUCUCUUCUAAAAUGAAAGAGAUGGUUACAUCGCUAUAUGUUACUGACAACGGAGCUGUUAGUUUGUCUUAAUAGACAUCAAAGUGAAUGUCAGUAUAAGAAAGACGAAAAUUAUUUGAAUUUUAACACAUAAAAUAAUAAACGAAAAUGUAACUUUGAUUUGUGCUGAUUUAUAAUUAGAUUUGACUCGUUACUGUAAAAACAAAAAUAUAUAUAUAAGUAAAACCGUACCUCAUUUCGAUAAUAAUGUAGAAAAUUCAUUACGUUUCUUUAACGCUCGAAAAGAAAUGCAUUUAUGUAUAUAUUGGUCGCUUUCAAAUAAAUAACAUGAGGGGAAUUACUUUCAAAACAAUGUAGAGGCAAUAAUAAAAGUGGUGAUCACACGUCAUGUAGACGUUAUGUCGUCUGUGUAAAUCACUAAAGAUGGCGGAAAAUUCUAGAACAACACUGUAUAGCGUAUAUUGAAUACGUAAGGAUGUUGUACACUGUAUUUUGUAUUGGUCUGUACGAAGUGUGAACGAUCACACUAAGUUUCUGAUUUGCUCUUAGUGUAUCGUAGCAAAUGAGUAGUCGAUUCGGCUCGUUGUGAAUAUAGUUUGAUAGAAGUGUAAAUGUUUCUGAGACGGUUUCAUAGUGACGAACAAUUGCUGCGUGCAACAAGGAAAUAUACAACGAAAACGAUACGCGAUUUACGCGAUUUUUUGUAAGAAUGAAAGUGAGGGUAAUGCGCAAUCUGACGCGUAAGAACGACAAGAAAUAACGAAGCGAAGUGGGCUACAUAUGUAUCUACUGAAGGCAGUAACGCUUCACGUAGUAUUAGGUUAUUUUCAUUAUAUUUCUAUUCCAUUAUUAUACAAUCUAUAUAUGUAUAGGUGAAAGUGUGUGCCUGAUUGUGUUUCGUACGAAGAUUGCAAGCAAUAAACGUUGCAAUACAAUAAAUGCGUAAUAUUGAAUUUCUUUUAUUGAACUAGGUGUUAUUUUGCGGAAUUCCAUAUUACUUGUUAUUUGAUUAGCAUCAUUUUGUUUAAUUUUAUUAUCAUUGUAAUUGUCAACAUUCAAAGAUCGACUACUAUUAUUAUUACCAGAAGUCCUACAACCGUUCAUAUUAGUCUAUCAAUCUGCGACUGAUAUUUCGUUCACUCGCAGUUUAGAGGUGAAACACGUGUCACAAAACGUGCGUGGACGAUAUAGCAGUCGGAGAUUAAUGGCUAAUAUGGAAGGUUAUACAAUUAAUGAUUAUAAUAAUCGUAAUUAUUACAUACUAAUGAUGGCGGAAUUGAACAAAAUAACUCUAAUCAAAUAACCAGUGAUAUUGGAUUUCGUUUUACGUAAUGACUUAUUAAAUUUAUUGAUUCCUUUUUAUUCUCUAUUUCGCUAUUGUAGGCUGCGUGCAUACGUAGGCUCUGUACUUAAUGUAGACGACGGCGUCGCCGCGAAUCUCCACCGCCACGUUUGUACGCAGUCUUAAAAGUCCUUUGUUAAAAAUUGCAAUAUUUCUUACUCAUGUCAAAUUUUGUAGUCCUACAUUAUUAUCAAUUUAUAAGCGGCACUAUUGUAACGUUUAUUCGUGAUAUUUGUGCAAUAAAUAGAAUAAUAUUUUUUUUUAAUUAACGUCCAAUUGUCAUUUUAAAUAUCCAUUAUAUUUACUGUGAUCAUUGGACGAUAAUUUAAAAACAAAAUUUUAAUUUCUUAUUUUUUUUUUAUUAUUAUUUUAUUUAUUACACAAACAUCACGAAUAAAUGUUACAAUAAUGUCGCUAAUAAUUUUAAAAUAAUUAAAUAAAAUUUUAGUCGAACGACCAUUGCAAACAAUUAAAGUCAUGUAUACUCAUACAAAUUGUACAAAUUAAAUGUGACAAUUGAUUAUACAUGUCUUGUGAUAAUAAUGAAAAACGAUAAAAUAUACAGGAGAAAAAUGACAUAGCAAUUUUUAGCAAGGACGGUCUCUUAAGGUCGUCACUCAUAACAACACCGCUCCGACACAGUAAGCGACUCGCCAUUUAAAUUUGGACUUUUUGUAUAGUAAGUUUGAAUGCAAAGUUGCUUGAUUUGCCAGAAAGGUGUUAUAAUGAGUGAUGUCUUUUGUAUGUAACAUAUUACUGUUAAGCUUACUCCUAAACACCAUUGUAUGUAACAUCGACUGAACAUUUUUACGUAGCUAGGAUAGAUAGUGUUAGUAUUAAAUAAAAAAAAAAAUAACUAAUAAAGUCAGCGAUGAUUAUAUAAUUGAUAAUUAAACGUAUGAGUAAUAUUCACAUACUAUCAUUGCAGUAGUGAGAUAUUGUAUAGAAAAUGUGUUGUAAAUGUAACAGAUACGUGUGUAUUUCAAGCAUUUAAUAGUUUUAUUAGAGGUUCGUAAGGGACGUGUGUUAGUGUGCGUGAGUUUGGAUAAUUAUUUUUAUUGGCAAUCGUAAAAAAAAAACUUUUUAAUACAUUCUAUGUUCGAAAUUGAUGUUUAAUAUUGCGUUAAUGUAGUAUUGACCCUGUACUAUCACGCUGCUAACCAUAAUAACUAGAAUAGAAAGUCAGUGUGAAUGUCAAGAGACGUCGUAGCCUUAAAACUAGUUCAAAACUAUAUAAAAGAUAAAAAAUAAAAAAUGUAAAUAAAUAAAUGCAUAGUAUUAAUGUUAGGCUCUAGAAUGGUAUGGGAAGUAAGCCGUUGUAGUAAGUCCACACUUUAGGUCAAAUCUCUCGGUGUACCAACGCGUGGAACCGGAUUCGAUACUUGUGUCCAUGCUUUUAGUUUCUAAAUUCGUAGACGCGAUUCCCACGCUGUGGUAUAGACGAGAGAUUAUCAAUGGUACAAAGGAGGCGAGUCACCGUCACACGCGUUUGUCUAUGUAUGUGCAUGGCGGUCUGUGGGCGACAAAGGAAACCAGGAAUGGACAUUAGAAAUAUAUGUAUAUUGGCCAAAGGAACUUAGAAGACUAGGGUCAUGAAGACAAGUCAAAGGGAAACAAUAGAGAUGCGUCAAUUUCAGAUUUGGUAAAAAAAAGUAUAUAUAUCUGUCCUGUAUUUCACGGUCCAUUGAGUACGAUUAUAUGAUUCCAAUUAAUCAGAAAUUGUCAUAAAUAUAAAUUGUAGAUAAUUAUGUAUAAGUAGUAAAAAAUUCUGAAUUGAUUCUCAAUUUAAAAAUUCUGAAUUGGUUAAUAAUUUUUUUUAUAAGGCUGUAAUAUAUAGUAUUAAAGUAUCAAAUAUCUAUUAUAAUUAUUCUCAGACUACCAGUAUUGGUUCAUGACGUCGUCAUGCACAUACAUGACGUAAUAAUUGACAAACAAAUGUAAAUGAGAAGUGUGUUUUUUUUGGAACUAUGUUAUUGCGAAUAAUAUUAUCAUAAUUCAAAAUUUAAAUCUAAGUAAUUCUAUUUUUGACUAUACUUAGUUUUUAUUUUCUAAUAUUUUUACACAGUUACAUGCGUCAUGGUCACAAACCUAUGAUUACAGCGCAUGAACUUUUAAUUUAAUAUAAUAUUCUACUUAAUAUUCCCUGACAUGGUACUUUUUCUGACUAUAUUUAUAUAAAGAAAGCAUUUAAGAAUGUUGUCUGUAGUGGGCAAAUUCGUGUCUACUCAGUAAUUUACUAUUUGUCAUGGUCAGCCUAAACACUUAUUGAGUUUUGUCAUAAAAAGUUACAAAUGUUUUGUUUUUACUACACGAUGCCUUCCUCACUGACACGUGAUUAUCAUGUUUAUAAAAGUUUAAAGGCACAUUUCAUAUUUACAUGCUGUUUGUCCGUUUGUACACAACGCCGGCGGGACCGCAACAGACCCACCUUGCCUUAUCUCAAUUAACUGUUACUGUGAUCCGCUAGGCGUAAUUAUUGGACCCAUACAUAAUACACCCAUUGAUCCGGUCACCUGUAAAUAGUUGAUACACGUGUUAGAUUAUUUUACAAGUUUGCUAAGAGACGCUUACUGUCGUAACCGUAAGGUUCCAUGUCCUCCGAUUAAUUAAUACAAUUGGAUGUUUGUAAAUAGAUUAUUGUAAGUAGAUGCAGUAUUCGGCGAUGUAAUGUCGGAGUGACGGCGGGCUUUACAUAGGAAAAGACGUAUCGACGUGGCUGGUGUCUGCGCGCGUGAUUGCACUAUUUAUUUGCUGUAACUACCGCGGUAGAUGUACUUCAGUGUGUAAUUAUGGCGAUAGAACUGUGGUGAUUGGGCGCUCUUUUAGUUCAACGAAUUUAAUAUCAUUUAUGCCCAAAAACAAUAUUGGUAUCUUGCUGGACGAUUCAAGUGCAAGAAUUGUGUUUUUUGUACGAAUUUUGUCAUUACAAAAUUGUUAAUCGAAUCAUCAAUCGGAUUUGAUGUGAAACGAUUAAUCGAUCAUUCUUCUGGAUCGAAUGUUAUAAUAAUUUGUCUGAAAUAUACACAAAUGUUAUAACAUAUAAUAAAUCAAAAUUAAAUAUUACAAUAUAAGAUUUAUCAUUGUCGAUGGAAAGCAGAAUGAAGUUUGGUAUGUGCAGUAUAUGAGUUGGUUUCAGUUUUCUGCAAAAACUACUAGAUUGUUUCCGUUUUUUAGACAUGUAUCAUAUUUACAAUUUCUUUAGUAACACUGUAGGUGUCUUUCCAGAUUAAUUUGAGCGGGUUAGAAACUCUAAAUCUCAGCUAGGAGUAGCGCUCGAUCGACUGACGUCACGCGUGCAGCCCCAGUGCCGUUUCGCCUAUUGUGCACGCUUUUAUUUAUGUAAUUGUACGUAUUGCGUUUCCAGCCUUUCAGAGAUCUCGUAUAUAUUUAAGUUUAAAGUACACGACUGUUCCCUUUACACAACUGAUCUUUAGUUUUAAUAUGUCGAUAUUGUAUUUGCGUUCGACAAACGGCCAGUCGCCAACAUUUCACAUUAGAUGUAAGUAGAGCGCAACGUUUGCUUUCAACGGACGCGAGUAAGGCGUUCCUUUUUAUUUGUAAAUAUGACGUGAUAAGACUUAGUUUCAAUAUUAACCUUAGUAUCUCCUAUUUAGUUUGUGUUCAUCGUAAUCGUCUCACUAUAAUUUUGUAUUAUAAUUUACAUCAUAUACAAAAAGUAAAAAAAAAAAAACAACAAAAUAAGAAAUACCUAAUAAUUGUAUUAUUCGUGUAGAUUUAUGACAUUGAUUUAAUUUUAGUAUUACCAGUCGUACUGUAAAUAAUAUUAGUAAUUUUGUGCACUGAUAGUCUUCUUUUAAGUUACUCUUAACUUAGAUAUUAAUUAAAUGGCUGUAUUGUAUUUCGUUAUGUAAACGCCUAAGACACAACGUUCAUAAGACUUAGUAGUUGGAAUGUUUGCUUUGCGACCUCUGUCGUUUUCCUAUGUAUAAAAUGGGUUUAGUUAAUUUCUCGAAGGGGCAUGGUCGCGCGACGCCGCGGGCCGCACUAGGAUUGUGAUUUAGUUGGUCGAGACACUGUCGCGGACCGGACAUAUUACUCUAAGUGUAAAUAUAAAUGAUACGUGUUUCUGUCGUGUACGGAGUUAGUUGCAUUUUACCAUUGUUGCGAACUGCCAAAACUAUUGUAAUAAUUUUGUAGCGUUAUGUACAACGCGACCACAUUGGGAGGGCUACAAUCUGUCAUAGAUUCUAUAGAGAUUCGCGUACCUACCGCAUUGGCGUUCAUAUGAGUUGCGUACCUUUGGUAUUUGGCGAAGUAUUCACCAGAAGACAGAUGUUAACAUUACGCGCUUGUUCACCGUCGUAGAAGAUUUUCACUUUUGCUGGUGUGUUGCCAUGACGCUACGAGAUAUUUACAUACCCUUAAUGUCGCUCGAGCAUUUGUCAUCUAGUUAAUAUGUGAAUUAUCGCUGUUUCCCCAAAGUGGCACCAAAGUUGAUGAAUGUAUCUUGUUUGUGUGCCGAAUUUAAAGGUACGUUAACUCACUAAACUUAAUAUACACAAUUUAGUGACAGUUUGUAAACUUGUUUGUGUAGUCGGUUGUAUGUAGGGCCAGCGUGAGGCGGCGUAGCGGCCGUCGAGCGCCACAAUGUAACAAUAAACUACUGCAUAAUUA